CGAGCCUCCAAGUCCGGCACCACGAAGGCCACUCGAGAAGCUGGUCACCGAAAGAGAAGUUGAAUGUUGCGAGAUAUGGCAUAGCGUGAAACCAAUGGUACCACCUGCCCGAUUAUGAAGCCUUUGCUGUUUUUCCUUUCAAGCUGUGUGUUUGGCCCUGCCUUUUCGUUCCAGCUCCAGCCAUCCGUCGGUGUUGGCGUGACGAGAAAUCACGGGGCUAGAAGAACGAUUUUGAAAACAACCCAGAACGAUGCUUCUUUGGAAGACGUGUUGGUGUCCGAGUCUGCGAGCCAAAGCACCACCAGCAAUGGCAUAACCGCCACACUUUUUCCAGCCACAAGAGCAACUCCUUCGUCGUCUCAACGUCCAUUGUCGAAUCGGCAACAGCUGGACGAGCAAUAUCCACAAUUUCCUCGCACAUGGGUUCCAAUCGCAUCCACUUUGGAACUGGAUCACACCCGUCCCAAUCGACUGGAAUUUUUGGAUCAAUCGUACGUGGCCUAUCGAAAUCCUCGAACUAGUAAUAAUGAUCAACAACAAUGGGUUGUCAUGGACAACACGUGUCCGCAUAGAUUGGCGCCAUUAUCGGAAGGACGAGUCGAACCCGAAACGGGGCGAUUGCAGUGUUCCUAUCAUGGCUGGACGUUUGAAGCCGAUGGAUCUUGUCAACGCAUUCCUCAAGUGGUACCCUCUGUGGAACAAUCCGCAAUGGCCAAUCCGAGAUCGUGUCUGCCAUCCUACAGUACCAUGCUGGAUGCGCGGACGGGAGUGUUAUGGGUUUGGCCCUGGCAACAAGAUCCCCUCGAGUUUGUCGGUGAUGAAUGGAGACAUCCCGAAGGAUUCAUGGAGGGACUGAUUCUGGAUCCAUCCAUCCAAAAUGCCACGGAAGCGGGUAUCAUGACAUAUACGAGAGAUCAGCCCUACGGAUGGGAUACUUUGGUGGAAAACUUGAUUGACCCAGCUCAUAUCCCAUUUGCCCACCAUGGGAUGCAAGGAAGUCGUAGUGAUGCCAUUCCCAUCAACAUGACAAGUGCCACAAAUCUAGGAGAAGCUGGAUUUGCCUUUGAAUGGCAAGAUCGGACCAUGGGAAUGAUGCGUACGGGCGAAGGGAAAUUCCGGGCACCCUUUUUGGUCAAUUACAAUGCUACAUUUGCGUCGCCCACUGGCGAAGCAAAACCCUUUCGAUUAUCGGCUCUGUGCAUCCCCACCCGCCCCGGCUGGUCCCGUGUCAUGGUCUUUUCCAUUCCCACCACAAGCGCUGCCGCCAAAGACAACACAUCGACCAACAACCGAAUCAAAACAUUCAAGCUGGGUCCAAUCAUGGCCCAACUCUUCAAGCGAUUGCCUACUUGGGGGAGCCAUUUGUUGUCCAACAAGUUCUUUGAUUCCGAUUUGGCAUUUCUUCAUUACCAGGAACAAUUGAGAUUUGAUGAUGAAAGCGCCAACAGCAAUCUACGGGCAAGUUGA